AUGGUUGGAAACUCAAAAUCUCCUCCUCCCUCACAUUCAAAUGUUGAAAUUCCAGAAGCAAAUGCCAAUAUAUUUUCUAUACUCACUUUUUGGUGGGCCAAUAGCAUAAUGAAUUUAGGUUAUAAACGUCCAUUGGAAAAAGAUGAUCUAUAUGUAUUGAAUGACGCGAGAUCUGCUAAAAUUGUUACUGAUAAUUUUGAAGUCGAAUGGAAGAAAGAAAUUCAAAAAAUUAAUCAAGGAAAAAAACCUUCUUUGAUUAAAGCUUUAUACAGAGUUUUGUGGGCAAAAUUUUCUUUGGCAGGUGUUUGUAGAUUUGUUAGUGAUACAUUAUUAGUUACCUCUCCUUUGAUUUUAAAGUUAUUAUUGAAUUUCGUCUCGAAAGCAUAUUUGGGUUUCAAUCCACCUGUAUACGUUGGUUAUGUAUUAGCUGUCGCUUUAUUCUUAAUGCAAAUGAGUGCUACUAUUUUACAAAACUUAUACUUUUAUUGCGCAAUGGAAACUGGUUUCCUCUCUCGUACUAUUCUCAUAACUGCUAUAUAUCGGAAAGCUUUAGUAUUAAGUGGUAAAGCUAGAGGCUUAUUCACUAAUGGCAAGAUUACUAAUUUAAUGUCCACUGAUACUACUCGCAUUGACUUUGUAUCCGGUUAUUUUCAUAUAAUUUGGGCUGCUCCUAUUCAAAUAUGUAUAGCUUUAGGUUUACUAAUAGUAAAUAUUGGUCCAUCCGCAUUGGCUGGCUUUGCUUUAUUAAUAUUUGUGAGUCCUAUGCAAGGAAAGGUUAUGUCUUUGUUAGCUCGUACAAGAGCUAAAGCUGCUGGUGUUACCGAUGAACGUGUAAAAUUGACUCAAGAAAUUUUAUUAGGUAUUAGGGUUAUUAAAUAUUAUGCUUGGGAAGAUAGUUUUGCUGAUGCUCUAAGUAAAUUAAGAAAUAAAGAAAUUAGUUUGGUUAGAUUUUUAUUAGUUAUUAGAGCUGCUAUUACUGGUGUUUCAAUGGUUGUUCCUGUAUUCGCUAGUAUCUUGUCAUUUAUAACCUACUCAUUGACGGGUGGCAAUCUUGAACCUGGAAUUGUAUUCUCUUCUCUAGCAUUAUUUAACAUUCUCCGAUUACCUUUAAUGUUCUUACCGAUGGUAAUAGCUUCCGUUACUGAUGCUUAUGUAUCAAUUAAUCGUAUAAGUGAAUUUUUACAAGCCGAUGAAUUAUCAGUUUUACCAGGAAUAGAUACAAAUGAAAAAUUUGCUAUCAAAGUUAAUGAUGGUGAAUUUAUUUGGGAAAGUUCUCCACCAGAAGAAAUUAUUAAUAAAUCAAAGAAAAAAAAGAAAAAAGAUAAAAAAUCAAAAAAAUUUCAUAAAAAAAAUACAAAGAAUGAAAUUAUUUCUUCUUCAAUUACUGUUAAUGAAAAAGCUUCAACUCCUAAUGAUGAUUCUUCUGAUAAUUCUACUUCUUUGACCCCUGUUGAUAUACCUGAAAUUUCUUCAAAAUCUCAUCUACAUAACAUUAAUCUUUCAAUCUCUCGUGGAAAUUUAAUCGCUGUGGUUGGUUCUGUAGGUUCUGGUAAAUCUUCAUUAUUAUCUGCUUUAGUGGGUGAAAUGAAAAAAGUUAAAGGUGAUGUUUUAUUUGGUGGAAACAUUGGGUACUGUUCUCAAACUGCGUGGAUUCAAAAUGCUACACUUAGGGACAAUAUUACUUUUGGUUUACCUUUUGAUGAUGCAAAGUAUCGACAAGUUAUUAAGGAUUGUUGUUUAGAACCUGAUUUAGAAAUGUUACCUGCUGGUGAUAUGACAGAAAUUGCCGUGUACUACGAUGCUGAUAUUGUUUUAUUAGAUGAUCCAUUGUCUGCAGUUGAUGCACAUGUUGGAAAAUAUUUAUUCACACAUUGUAUUCAAGGUGCACUUGCAAAAAAGACGCGUGUACUUGUUACGCAUCAUUUACAUUAUUUACCACAUGUAGAUUACAUAAUAUGUAUGGAAGAUGGUGAAAUUGCUGAACAAGGAACUUAUGAAGAAUUAAUGAAAGAUGGUAAAGCCUUUUCAAAAUUAAUUGCUGAAUAUGAAACUAAAAAAAUUGAUCAAGCUGUUUUAUCUAAAGGGCUAAUGUCAACAGAAGAACAGUACAAAGGAGCAGUUGAUAAUAAGAUAUACUUGGCAUAUAUUAGAAAUGCUGGAGGAUUAUUGUUAAUACCCUUCUUGCUUUUCUUGCUUGUUAUGAUGCAAGUAACAAAUAUUGGAAACAAUUUAUGGCUUUCAUACUGGUCCAGUGAUACAUUUCAAUUUUCAUCGGCAUUUUAUAUAGGUUUUUAUUGUGCAUGGGGUGUCUCUCAAGGAAUAUUUGGUGUUUUGUGUGGCAUCGCAUUCUCAUAUAGCGGUGUUAGAGCGGCUAAGCGUUUACAUGAUAAUGCAAUUAAACGUGUAUUAAGAGCACCAACAAGUUUCUUUGACACCACUCCUUUAGGAAGAAUUAUUAAUCGAUUCAGUAAAGAUGUCGAUACAAGUGACAAUUUACUUUCUGAAUCAUAUCGAAUGUUUCUUAUGACCCUUGCAAGUGUUAUUGGAGUCUUUAUCUUAAUCGUGGUGGUGUUCAUUUGGUUCAUUAUUCCAUUGGUUCCUUUGACCAUACUUUAUUAUUUUGCCGCUCUUUAUUAUCGAGCGUCUAAUCGUGAAUUAAAACGCCUUGAUUCAGUAUUGAGAUCUUCGUUAUACGCACAUUUUUCUGAGACACUUACAGGAUUACCGACUAUUCGUGCUUAUCGUGAACAAGAAAGAUUUUUAAGAGCAUACUUCCUCAUAUUAUGUGUUCAACGAUGGCUUUCAGUCCGUCUUGAAACCAUUGCAAAUAUCUUGAUAUUUUUCUCAGGUUUAUUUGCAGUUAUAUUUAGAUUUACUGUCGUACCUGCAAUCACUGGAUUAGUAUUAUCUUACGCACUUCAAGUUACUGGAACUUUUAAUUGGUGUGUUAGACAAGUUGCUGAAGUGGAGGCAAACAUGAACUCAGUGGAACGUUUAGUUCACUACAGUGAUAACUUAGAAGUAGAAGCCGAGAAUAUAAUACCGGACCACAGACCACCAUCUGAAUGGCCAGCUCGUGGAGAAAUUCAUAUUAAAAAUUUGGAAAUUAAAUAUAGACCUGACAGUCCCUUAGUUUUAAAAGGUGUCUCAGUUGAUAUUGUGGCUGCUGAAAAAAUUGGAAUUGUUGGUCGAACUGGAUGUGGAAAAUCAACUUUAGCAACGUCAUUUUUUAGAUUUGUUGAACCAACUUCUGGAAGCAUUGUAAUUGAUGAUAUUGAUAUCAGUACUAUUGGAUUAAGGGACCUUAGAAGUAAUAUUACUAUCAUACCUCAGGAUCCUGUACUAUUUAAUGGUACUAUAAGGAGUAACUUGGACCCAUUCAAUGAGCAUAAUGAUCUCGACUUAUGGAAUGCACUUCGUCGUGUACAAUUGGUUAAAAAUUCUGACAACACUAAUUCUGAAGAAGGAAAAUUAGAAAUUAUUAAUUCUACUUCUGAUCAAAAAAAUAACAAACAAGAACCAAUAACACUUGAUUCACCUGUAAAAGAAAAUGGUUCCAAUUUUUCUCAAGGUCAACAACAAUUGAUCGCAAUGGCUCGAGCACUAGUUCGUCAUUCCAAAUUAAUAGUAAUGGACGAAGCUACUGCUAGUAUAGAUUUUAAAACUGAUUAUUUAAUACAGACUACAAUUAGGGAAGAGUUUAAAGAUAGCACUGUUAUCACUAUUGCACAUAGAUUGCGAACUGUCGCAGAUUAUGAUAGAAUUCUGGUUAUGGAUGCUGGAAAUGUGGUUGAAUUCGAUAUUCCAUAUUUGCUAAUGCAAAAACCUGAUGGAUUGUUUAGAAACAUGUGUGAAAGAAGUGGUGAACUUACGGAAUUAAUGGAAAUUGCUAAGCAGAAAUAUGAAAGUACACGAUAA